CUUCCCUAGGUUUAGCUGCCGUGCUUUCCCGCUCCAGCGCCAGCAGCCGUCUGCGUCGCUGUGGCUGUGGCUGUCGCCGUCGCCUCUGCCGCCGCCUCGCCUCCGCCGUGCGCUCCUCAGAGCCCCGCGUCCCGCCAUGCCCAACAUCGUGCUAUUCAGCGGCAGCUCGCACCAGGACCUGUCCCAGCGCGUGGCCGACCGCCUGGGCCUGGAGCUGGGCAAGGUGGUCACCAAGAAGUUCAGCAACCAAGAGACCAGCGUGGAGAUUGGUGAAAGCGUGAGAGGGGAAGAUGUCUACAUCAUCCAGAGUGGCUGUGGAGAAAUUAAUGACAACCUGAUGGAACUCCUCAUCAUGAUCAAUGCCUGCAAGAUUGCGUCAUCGUCCAGGGUGACGGCUGUGAUCCCGUGUUUUCCAUAUGCUCGACAAGAUAAAAAGGACAAGAGUCGUGCUCCAAUUUCUGCAAAGCUUGUGGCCAAUAUGCUCUCGGUGGCUGGGGCGGAUCACAUCAUCACCAUGGACCUGCACGCCUCUCAGAUACAGGGAUUCUUCGAUAUUCCUGUGGAUAAUUUGUACGCGGAGCCCGCAGUCCUGCAGUGGAUUCGGGAAAACAUCGCCGAGUGGAGGAAUUGCAUCAUCGUGUCACCCGACGCGGGGGGAGCCAAAAGGGUCACGUCCAUCGCAGACAGGUUGAAUGUGGAAUUUGCUUUGAUCCACAAAGAGAGGAAGAAGGCGAACGAAGUGGACCGGAUGGUUUUGGUGGGUGAUGUGAAGGACCGCGUGGCCAUCCUCGUGGACGACAUGGCUGACACAUGUGGCACCAUCUGCCACGCUGCGGACAAGCUACUCUCGGCUGGAGCCACCAAAGUUUAUGCUAUCCUUACCCAUGGGAUCUUCUCUGGGCCAGCUAUUUCCAGAAUAAAUAAUGCUGCCUUUGAGGCUGUUGUUGUCACAAACACAAUUCCACAAGAGGACAAAAUGAAGCACUGCACCAAGAUUCAGGUCAUUGACAUUUCCAUGAUCUUGGCGGAGGCGAUCCGAAGGACACACAACGGGGAAUCUGUGUCCUACCUGUUCAGCCAUGUCCCGCUAUAAAUCCAGAACAUGCAGUGUCCAGCAAUCCUACUCUGACUUCUGAGUUGUUUUCGUUAGUCUGAUUUUUUUAGCUUUAGGACUCAGCAAUGAUAACAUAAUCACUGGCAAAAGCAUCAGAUCUUUGUAUACUCUCAGAUUCAUUGUUUCCCUUUCUAAAGCUCAAGAUCAUUUCUUUCCAGUGUUUUGGGGAGGGUGGUGGUUAUUUAGUCUUUAAAGGAACCAUCUUAAGUGAGAAAUGUUUUUGUCAUCUUCACUUGUUCUGACAGGUGAUCUUUUCCUUUGUUCUUUCAGUACUUUGAGGCAACAACUUUCAAAUGUAUAAUUUCAUCGUGGGAGUUCAUACUUUAUAUAUUUCGAGGUUGCCAAAGGUGACUUCAGAUUAAAGCCUUCUGUGUAAAUAUAAUGAUAAUGCCUAUGGACAUUUGGGUAAAACCCUGUAUAGAAUGAGCCCUUUACUUUGGAGUAAACCUUAAAAAAAAUUUAUAAUACCAUGAAUUUUUAAUUUUUCUUUUCUUUUCUUUUUUUUUUUGUAACCAUCUUGUUUAUUGUACUUAAUUUGGACCAAAUUUUACUUAGCUUAAGAUGGCCACUGACACAUUUAUUUUUUGGUAAACAAAAUCAGAGGCAAUGUACUUCUGUAUUCUGUAUCUUUUUUUUAUAACUACUUCUGAAACACGUUAUAACUGUUACUUACCAAAUGCCAUGACCUAAAAUUCCAAAAUUAUAUUCAGCAAUUGCUCUGAUUUGGAAAUUCUUUUGAGAUACAAUCUCUGAGUUCGUUGUCACAUUAGUGCUCCCCUCUGUCCCUCCCAGAUGGACCAUUCUUUGGAAUGCGCCUCAUGUCCCAACAUCUUGUUCUUUUAUAUCAUAUUUUUGACUAUAGCAUUUACUUUGCAUUUUUUCCCACUGAUUUCAUUUCGUAGAUAUCCACUGAAAUAAAGACUCCCUUAGAUCCUCUCAGAUUUACUAUUCUGAUCAUUAUCUUGAUUUUGACAUAAAUAAAAGGUGACUUUUUAUGAGAGCCACCGAAUGCAUAAACAUUAUUUCAUUAGUUUUGAUUCAGUGUUCUUUUACCCUUUGUAAUCAGAAGUAGUAAGUCUCUAGCAACUGGCAAUUUUAACUAAAGCUGUUCUAUGAAAAAUAUGGGUGGGAGAGGCCUAUGAAAAAAGUACAGAUUAAUGAACUUCAGUUGCUCCAGUAGGAUAAUGUUUUAAAAGUGGCUCAGAAGUGUCUGUAGAGAGGAAAUUCACUGAUGAUUGCAUUGUCCAUAAGGUGACCCUCACAACAUGCUCCUAAGGGAAGUGCCUUGCUGCCUCUGUGGCAGAAGUCAAGCAUUGGCUCUUUGUGAAUUUUAUUAUAUGUACAUUGGUAGACAACGAGUUAAAUUCUUCAGCCCUGAAAGAAGAGGAUUUGCAUAGGCAAAGCCUAGAAAUAAUGAACAGCAGUCUCUCCCUUCUGCUGAAUAAAUUGUCUGCUCUAAAUUUUGCAGGUGGAAAAAUGAAAUCUAUUUAAUAGAUCAUUGACAUUUCCAUGGUAUAGGUGCAAAAAAAGGGAAAAACAUAAAAAAAAAUAGAAUAGAUCAUUAACAAAGUUGAACAGCAAUCUUUAGGGUUUUAAACUUCACUAUACUAGAGGAUGAAAUGACGUUAGAAAAUACUGUUUUAGUUGCAAAAACUAACAUUUUGCUGUACCUUAAAGUGGCUUGGUAAAGUCAGCUGUGCAGUACAGAUUGACUAUAUUUAGCAAGAGUGUAAAGAGUCUAUUUUGAUGCUACGUAAUUUUUAUUUUUGAUAAAUGUGUGACAUCUGUAUUUCUUGGAGUUUCUAUGCUUGUAUGAAAUAAAGGUGUAAUUGUAAAGACACAUAUGUAGACAGCUUGAUGUGCAAGUGUGCAAGUUUAAACAUGUGGACGGGACUAAAGCCAGUUGAUUUAGUAAAAGGUAAUCAUUUUAACUAAGAUAUUUAAAGUCUAGGAAUGUAUAGAGCUAGUUUUAAAAUACUGAUCUUCAGAUAAAAAACGAGAUUAAGGAAAUCUGCAUUGGUAUUCUCUGAAUUAAGCACUGAUGGUUUCUAUCAUGCUUUAGCUCCACUUUUGUAUUUCAAAGUACUUCUGAAUACAUUUAUGAACUAAUUAGACUGGACUCAUCCAUACAAAGUGGAAAUUCAGACCUUAACUAUUUGAUGUUUCCAGUUCAACAAAGCCAAUUGAAGACUGCCUGGUAAGCAGUAGAGUCCCAGAACUUUCUCGAUCUUUGCUGCUCCUAGUGUGGAAACCUGAGACCACCAAACAUAUCGAUCCUGCCCAACUCUACUGAAUGGGGGUGGGCUUGGCAUAUGUCUAGCUAAAAAGGGAAGCCAUAGAAAUAUGAAUACACCAAAGUUGUUUAGCCUCAGCUUAAAUUAUAUUAGUCAACUUGUAGAUGAUACCUUUUCUUUGUUAAAUACAAUGUCAGCUAGGAAUAUAUCAUUUGAAGUGCUUGUAUUGAUUUGGGUAUAGGACUUUAAGAUCCUUCAACAUUGUACUAAAACAUUUCAAUAAAAUCAUGCUGACAACUUUCUUUCAUAA